AUGAGUGAUAGUGUAGAUAUGAAUGAUGAACCAAUUGGUUUAGAUAGUAACUCUGAAAAUGAUUUUGAGGUUGAGGCUAUAAAAGACUAUAAUAUAAUAUCUUCUGAAAUCUUGAACAAUACAAUUGAACAAUUGAAAGAAGAAAUCAAAAGUGAUAAAUAUAUUGAAGCAAGCAUCAUUAUAGCAGAAGCAACUGAAAAAGAUGCUUAUCAUGCCUGA